AUGAAUGGUGUACACUUAGAGGCAAAACACCUUUGUGCGGGAUACUGUGUUGGCUUUGACACACUAGGAUUUCAAAUUCAACAGAUAUUUAAAAGUUCUUGUACGAGAUUUCAAGAACCUUGUCCUAUCGGAUUUGCUUCUUGGAACUCUACAGCUUGUUGCUAUAAACUUAAAGUUAACCAGCAGUUGAAAUCAGACAAUGUAAAAAGUCACAAAAAUGCAACAUGGAUUUCUGUCUCAGCUUUCGUAGCGUUUGUGUCUGGUCUGCUGUUGACUGUUUUGCAUUUGCAGGAAAAUCAGAAUGAAACUGACACUUUCCCGCCCUUUCUAUCGGAUACAGGCGAGGAGACAGACAUUUCUUGGACUGCCUAUAACACUACGGGAUUCGAUAAGGAAAGCUUUGAUAAAGUUAUUAAAGACUUUCAUUUAACAAGUGUUGAAGACUUGUUUAAGCAGAACCAUAUCGACUGUGUUGCUACCUUCCUGCGUUUGGACAGUGACAAACUGCAGCAACUUGGAUUAGAUAUAGGUCAGCAGGAAAAAUGUAAAAAUGCUAUUGAAAGAAUAUCGCAUGCCGCCAACAAAAGACAAAGUCAUCAAAAAGGGAACAGUCUGACCAACAUGUCCAUCAGUGAAACAUCUGAGUCCAGAGAACCCUCAGUACGUUCAAUCCCUCUAGCUACGAAGAAAAGAAUAAACAUCCUACUAAAAGAACACACUUUCAUACCACGUAAAACGUUUUGACUCUUUAGGGGAAAAGGAUGGAUAUUUAGAAGGCAAUGAAUCUCAAAAAGCUAUCCAUUGAUAAUAAAAUGAAUAUGUAUACCA